CCCCAUUUGCCAUCCUUUCCAACUGAGAAGUAAUUCCACUUUUGUCAUUUGAUACCUAUUUGCCUAAUCCUCAAAUCACAUACACAUGUAUAUAUAUGUGAUAAGUGAUGUUAUAUGUUUUUCUUUUGUGUUUCUACUCCUAUAGUUCUUUCUCUCAAUGUGGAUAGCAUUCUUUUAUAUAAGUCUUUCAAGUGUGCCCUGGCUUGUUGCAUUGCUACUAGAAACAAAGUCCAUUACAUUGGGUUUAUACGCAAUGCUUUUCUCUGUGUGUACAAUUUUCUCCUGGUUCUGCUUAUUUCACUCUGCAUCAGUUCAUUGAGGUUCUCCCAGUUCAUAUGGAAAGCCUUGUAAAGGCUUGUAAAGGGGAAAUAGGUUUGUUUGUUUUUUAAAUAAAAGGUUGGUCUGGAUUAUUCAAGAGUAGAGUCACCAGGAAUUUAGCUAAUUCCAAAGAGAUUUAUUUACAAUGUAUUUACAAAAUAUAGAAAGAAUGAAGUAAGAAAUCAGAGAGAGGAUAGGGUAAGAUAUCUGGCCUAAGCACUAAGUAUUUUGCUCUGACCUCUGGCUCAACCCAGGCAGGGGGGGUUUAGUCCUUAGCUGAAAAGGCUUCAUCUUUGAGCCAAGGAUCUGGGGAUGCAGGGAGACUCUCUUAAGUGGUUAGUCCCUUCAGAAAAUCCAGGAAAGGAGUCAGUUCUUUUCAUUCACCAGGUGUCAGUCCAAAGGGAAAGGUUUAAGAACAGUCUUAUCACACAGACCUCUAUUGUCACAGACCUCUCCCCCAUAAUGAUUAAGUGAGAUGUUUAUCCUUUUGGGGAUUAAAUCUAAAAAUGGGCAGGGGAUAUAAUUUAAUCUUCACAAUCAGGGGAGAGUUAAUUAAUUUCACUUUCACUAUCAGGGGAGAGUUAAAUUUAAUCUUUACAGCCUCCAGAUCAUCAAUCAUUAAGGCACAAUAGUAUUCUAUCACCAUUAUGUAUAUGUUAAGGCAUUCCCCAAUUGAGAGACACCCCCUCAUUUUCCAAUUUUUUGCCACCACAAAUAGAACAGCUAUGAAUAUAUUUGUACAAGUGUUUUUCCUCAUCUCUUUGGGGUAUAAUCCCAGUAGUGGUAUGGCUGGAUCAAGGCAUGCAUUCUUUUAAAGCCCUUUGGGCAUAAUUCCAAAUUGUCUUCCAGAAUGGCUGAAUUAAUUCACAACUCCAUCAGCAUUGCAUUAGUGUCUCAAUUUUCAACAAAAUUUUAUAAUCCCUAUGGAGGGGGGAGGACAUGGAUUUUUCAUGAAAUAGGGUACUUUCACACAUUUUGAAUAAAAAUACUUGAGUCACAAAGAAAUUUCGAGGUGCAAUCAGGAGUCAAGAAACAAAAAGUUAAACAUAAGUGAACAGUGAUGGAUUAAACAAGGAUGACAAACUAUAUUCUAAUAAAAGGAGAUGAUAAGAACUGUAUCCUACUGGGGUCAAGACAGAGAAUAUAAUUAGAAGGUCUGGCAUUGGUUCUAUUAUGUUUUGACAAUUUUAAAAGAAAUCUCAAAAGGAUAGGGAAAAUGAAUACAGUACAUAAAAGCAUGGGAAAGGAAGGCUAGGGGAAAUUAUCCCAAUAAUUGUGGUAUAAAAAGCUUAUACAAACACAAUUUACUAAAUUGGUCAAAUGAGAUAUACGUGUGUGUAUACACACAGAUACGGAAAUAUAUUUCACUCAACAGUCAAACAGAAAAGAGCUUAUGGGGGAAAGUAGAUUAUGUGGGAGAUUAAUUCUAAGCAAAAUAAAUUCUUAAGACUGCACAAAAUAUUUUUAAUGUUUUGUGAUGGCAAAGAAUUGGAGAGUGAAGGGCUACUCAUCCAUUAAAGGAUGGUUGAACAGCUUGUGAUAUGUGAUGGGAUACUGUUGUGCUGUAAGAAAUAAUGGAGACUUUUUCAGAGAAUCCUGGGAAGACUUGUAUGAACUGAUGCAGAGUGAAGUGGACAGAGCCAGGAGCACAAUUAGUACAGUGAUAAUACUAUAACAAAGACAAGUAACUUUGAAAGAUUUAGAAACUGAUCCCCAGAAUGAUCAACCAUGAUUCUAGAAAAUUUCCAAUGGAACAUGCUAUCUACUAGAGAUGGAGAGGUGGAGAUCUCACAAUGUAGAAUGGCACUCUGGGGGAAGAUGGGUUAACAUGGACAUUUAUUUUGCUUGACCAUAUAAAUUUGUAAUGGGGAUUUUAUUUCUCAAUUGGGAGUAUCUGGGAGGGAGAAGUGGAUUUUUGGUAAUAUGACACACAUGACUUAGAUGUCGAUCUAGGAAAAGAGAUUGGAGUGGUCAGAGGUAGAAAAACCAGGAAAGCACUGUAAGAAAACCUAGAGAAAACAGAUCAACAAGAUAAUGCUUAUCAGAGGCUGCAAAAUGGUCAAGGAGGAAUUUGAAAAAAAGGUCACUAGAGUUGGGUCAAAGAUAUAACUAUUAGGGCAAAGUGGCACAGUUAAUAGAGUGCUGGGCCCAGAGUCAGGAAGACAUCUUCCAGAGCUUAAAUCUGGCUUCAGACACUUAAUAGCAACGUGACCCUGGACAAGUCACUUAACUCCAUUUGUCUCCAUUUCCUCAAAUUUAAAUGAGUUGGAGAAGGAAAUGAUGAACCACUCUUUGCCAAGAAAACCCCAGAUGGGAUCACAAAGGGUCAGACAAUACUGAAAAACAACAAAAUGACUUUGUGUAGCUGGGAGGAGUAGGUCAUAUGCAAUAGCUAAGUUGAGGAAUUGGGAGGUUAGGGUAUUUAGAGGAAUGCCAAGAUGAAGACAUUCUGGGCACUGAACUCCUUUAGGAAGGGAAGAGAGCGGCUUUACAGUCAGCCUGAUUUUGGUUGAUAAAUUCAUAUUAUAUGACCAGAUUGGCAACCUUGCUGUUCCUCAUACACAGCAUUCAUUUCCUAUUUUCCUGCCUUUGUGGUAGAAUGCUUGUUUUGAAAAUAUAUUGGAGAAUAGUUUAGCAUAGUGCAAAUUCACCUUUGCUCAUGUGUGGUCUUAUUACUGUGCCGAAAGAAGAAAACUGCACCGUGGUGGGGAAGGGCUUUCAUGGGGGUGGAAGUGAGUUUAAUGGAGGGGGAGGGUUGGAGGAGAAAAGCAGAGAUAUCUGGCUCCAAGUAGGGGAAAAGUGCUCCUAAGGUCAUCUUCCUAGACCCAGGAUUAGGUGAGAGCUACUGGUAGAUGGGGUUCAUCUAACUUAUCUUGGGUGUGAUUGAGAACUGGGAUAUUCAGAGACAGGCAGAUGCCCCUCCACCCCAUACAAUCCCCCCCUCCCCACCCAAGAACAGACUCCGGAAUGAUUCCCUGCUUGCCUCCCAACAUGCCUAGGGAGAAGUCAGCCUGAGAGCAGUCCCUUUAGGGAAGUAGGCCAUUGGGGUGAAAUUAGGGCUUCAGUGGCUGUCCACUUCCAACUAAAGGUCUUUAUCAAGGUAAAGGGCCAUAUUUAUUGUAUAUCUUCAAGGCCCCAUGGGAGUGGAGAGAGUCUGCUUCACUCUCCUUCCCUGCUUGCUGUGGGAACCAGGAUGCAGGUUCAGCCACAGUCAAAGGCUCUCUUCACUGUUUAUUGAAGUACUUUUGUAUUAAUAAUUUUAGAUCUAUCUGCUACCAUUUUUAUUAGGUUUGUACCUCUUUUGUUGGUCACUGACUUUUGAGUACCCCAAACCCAUUUUCCUCCUAAAACAUGGGGGUUCAUUUAAUAUUUCACAGCCUCCGGAUUUUUAGGAAUGAGUACUGCCUGGACUCUCCGUCCGGACCACCUAGUAGAAUCCCUUCAUUUUCUCAAGGCUUGGCUAAAUCUCCCAAUCCUACACGAAGCCUUUCUUGAUCCUCUUCCAGUUUAGUGCUGGACCCAUGUAAAAGUACUUUCUGUUCCUUUCGUAUCUGUGGCAUGUUCCUAUUGUCUCCCUCCUUCCUUGUCUUUUUUCAGGGCAAGGACUGUUUCCUUUUUUUUUGUAUCUCAAACUGGUACAAAAUGGUGCUCAAGUGUUGAGUGAUGGAUUUUGUAGAGAUUUGAACUGUCCAAAAGAAAAAAACGUUCUGCUGAACGUCCGUUCGUCCGGCAGGCUGUAGAUGGAGUUUUCCUUUGGAUCCGGCUUGUGCUGAGAUUCUGGGAACAUGGACUUGGAGCUGGAGGAGGGUCAGAAGCAGCGUCCUCUAUCUCACAGGCUCUGCCGCUUUCCACCUCUUUGACUUACCCGGAUUUCCGUUUGCACAUUUGUGACGGGAGACAAGGCUGCAUCUCCAACCAGGCAGAGGGGAAAGCUCGGAAUCCAUCUUUGCACCUGACAGCUCCGGCCUUAACAAGGGAUGAAACUUGUCGGCAGACAGAGCAACCUGGCGCGGCUCUGAUGGGCUUUCACCACAUCUCGUCCGGACCCGCAGCUGGUGUUUCCGUGCAUUAUCUCCCGGGGAGAACGUUACCCCCAAAGGACUCCUUUCGGUUAGGCCAGUUCUGCCCGAUGUAGGGGAGCGAUUUCAGAGGCUAUUUUUCUUAUCAUUUUGAAGUCUUCACUUUCCAUUCAGUCCUCUAUAUUGGCCAAAGGCAAAACCUAGAUGGAAAAACUAAGUAGACCAGGGGCGGCGCCCUUCCCAAUCCAGGUGCUCCCGCCUCUCUGGUCUGACUGAGCCGCCACAGCCGAGGCACAGCCUCCUCGGACGCGUCUCCGCUCUGUUGUCCCCAAGGAAGCCUCACCUUGCUUCUCCUUUCCCGCCAUUCGUGGGGAAGGGAGGGCAGAGGGGGAAUCGGGAAAAAGUCCCGUUUGGCGGUGAGGUCGGCCCGCCCGGCCUGGGGACGACAGAGCGCCAGUUUUCUGAUCGGGAGACCAGAGUUGACUCCCUACGUCACCAAGCUCGCCCGCCACUCAAAGCCAGGCUCGCUUCCUGUGGACCGCCUUCAUUGGCACCGCGAACCUUCACCAAGAACUCUGCCUUCGAUCUUUAACAUACCGCUAAACGACGCCAAGAAGCCCCUUUGGGACGUAAAACGUCUACGGACUAGGGAUGCGCCGCUCCUCUUCCUCUCCUCCGCCGCUUCUGGGAAGUGGGCAGGGCGAGGGCCGCCUCGGGCCCCGCCCCUCCGCUCCCGCCAUUCGCCGGGCCAGUGGGGCGGGCCACCGGCGGGAGCGCGGGAAUCGGCUGCGGCGGCGGCAGUGAAGUUUCCCGGUCACCGGUUUUCUCCUCGGGACCUUUCGGUGCCUUCCCAGCUUCCCUCAAGGCAAGGCUGCGAUCCGGGAGCGGAGAACCGAGGAACCUGCGACCAGGACUUGCGCUUCUAAAGGACAAUGAAGGUGAUUACUUGCGAGAUAGCCUGGCACAACAAAGAGCCAGUGUACAGCCUGGACUUCCAGCACGGGCCUGACGGCAAGAUUCACAGAUUGGCCUCUUCGGGAGUCGACACGGCUGUGCGGAUCUGGAAAGUAGAAAAAGGACCAGAUGGGAAAGCCAUCGUAGAAUUUUUGUCCAAUCUUGCUCGCCAUACCAAAGCAGUAAAUGUGGUUCGGUUUUCCCCUAAUGGAGAAAUCUUGGCAUCUGGGGGAGAUGAUGCUGCCAUUUUGUUGUGGAAAGUUAAUGAUAACAAGGAGCCAGAACAAAUUGCAUUUCAGGAUGAGGAUGAGGCACAACUAAAUAAGGAGAACUGGGCCGUCAUUAAGACAUUAAGAGGGCACUUAGAGGAUGUCUAUGAUAUUUGCUGGAUGACUGAUGGAAAUUUAAUGGCUUCUGCUUCGGUCGAUAACACAGCUAUCAUAUGGGAUGUUGCUAAAGGUCAAAAAGUUUCCAUAUUUAAUGAGCACAAGAGUUAUGUACAAGGAGUUACCUGGGAUCCUUUGGGCCAAUAUAUUGCUACUCUGAGCUGUGACAGGGUGCUGCGGGUCUACAGCACGCAGAAGAAGCGCGUUGCCUUCAACGUCACAAAGAUGCUCUCCGGAGUAGGCGCCGAAGGCGAGGCAAGAAGCUACCGCAUGUUCCAUGACGACAGCAUGAAAUCGUUCUUUCGUAGACUUAGUUUUACUCCUGAUGGGUCUUUGCUCCUCACACCAGCGGGUUGUGUUGAGUCUGGUGAAAAUGUAACAAAUACAACUUACGUUUUCUCUAGAAAGAAUCUUAAAAGGCCCAUCGCCCAUCUCCCCUGUCCUGGAAAAGCAACCCUUGCUGUCCGCUGCUGUCCAGUCUACUUUGAAUUGAGGCCAGUAGGUAAUACAGAUACAGCCGCGCAGGACUUGGGCUCGGAAAUCAUCCGCCUGCCCUACCGCUUGGUGUUCGCCGUGGCUUCGGAGGACUCGGUGCUCUUCUACGACACUCAGCAGGCCUUCCCCUUCGGUUACGUGUCCAACAUACACUAUCACACGCUGAGCGACAUCUCCUGGUCCAGUGACGGGGCCUUCCUGGCCAUCUCUUCCACCGAUGGCUACUGCUCCUUCGUGACCUUUGAGAAGGAUGAACUCGGAGUGCCGCUGAAGGAGAAGCCCAGCUUCAGUGUGAGAACUCCUGGCACGGCAGAGAAGAAAGUCAAGAACCCGACGGCCCGCGUGACGUCUCCGAGCCCCCGGCCGCUGGACGGAACCCCUACCAGCAGACCCCCAGACCCCAGCCCUUCUGUGACGCCCCUCCAGGCCAGGCAGUCUCCGGCCCAAGCCAUGAACAGAGACUCUCCCAUGAGUCCUCUUGGGGUCAGGGGCUCCCCGAGUCUGUCGUCAGAAGAGAGGAAAACUCCACAGGCUUGCAGUCAGAACCCAAAGCUGAGCCAGCCCCGCAGAAUCACUCUGAACACCUUGCAAGCCUGGAGUAAGACCCCUCCCCGGAGAAUAAACUUAACAGCCUUAAAGACAGAUGCUCAGACAAACAAUGCACAAGGCAGCACAGUUUCUGUCCCAUCUGCGGAAGUAUGUCAGCCAGAGACACCUGAAGACACUCUUUGUAAUUCUCCAGAAACGAAACGCCUCCGGUUCAGUGAAAUAGCUGCCUCACCAUCUUCAGAAAAUGAAAAGAGCCAUGGCUUGAGCAGCUGAAAAUCUGGAAGGCCGAAUUCCUGAUGAACUUUCGUGAUCUAGCCACAGGAUGACCAACGUAGGAAAAGCCUUUGGUUCCUAAAGGAAUCUUAUCUUAUGGAGUACGGGACUCAUUCAGCCUUCAGCCGAGAUGCCACAAGCACUUGAAGUGUGAUUCUGGUAGUAGAAGGUACUGGCUUGCACUGCCUUUUCGGCAAAUGCCUAUUCUUUCUAUUUAUCAUAUGUUUUUAACUCAAGAGAAUACAAGUAUUUAACCUUAAAUAUUGACAUUGUACUCCUAAAGAUGGAACUCUAACCUCUUUAGCCAUUUGGAAAGCUUUCAGUUGUUGUGGUCCAUGGACCUUGCCCCGUAUUCUAAAACAUUUUCUUAAGGAUGAGACUUUUCUUCUAUGAUUGAAUCUAGAAAAAAAGGAGAAAAGGUAAUCUCUUCUAGGUUUGAUCUUCGGAAUUUUAGAAUGGUUGAAGUGAUUGGCAAUUUAAAUGAUAGUUUUUCACUUAGCCCAAACGUUUUUUUUUUCAUAAUUGCUUUAUUUGCAUUUCAAAAAUAACUUUAAAUAGCCUGUCAUGUAUCUUAGAUUUGCUUACCUCUGUCCUUAUGGGAACAAAAUUAAAUUUUUUUCAAAACUAA